GGCGAUGAUACUCUACGUGUAUUCAUUGACACAACCACUAUACCUGUCCGCUCGUAUACUCUUGUGCAUUCUCUGCGAACAUUAAACAUUAGUUUAAUGGAUAUAAAGUGAAUUGAAUGACUACCGAUACGUAAUCAAUACUGUAUGAGGUCAAAUGAAGCUAGUCGACUUAUAUGUAUGUAGUACAGCAUUUAUUCAAGUAACGACACCAAGUGAAGAUUUACAUUUACAAUUUACAUUACACUAUGGAGCUUUAUCGAAAAUUUCCAAAGUUUUGUGCCGGGUGGUGUUUUGUGGAAAUACUCAUAUUUGCUGGACAACUAUUUGGAUGGACAUCAAUACAAUUCGUUUUAAAGAAAGAAGGUUUUUAUAGUGAGUUAUGUCAGUUUGAAAAUACUGCAUAUGAGAGAUGUGUUUCUGAAAUAAUCAAUCCAGACGAUGUCUCCAGUGCACAGAUUGAAAUAUUUGGAACUAAGGGCUGUGAUCCAAACUACUUAAUUUCUCGAAGGAACAAAACUGAUUUAAAUAAAGAUAGUGCAGGUGGCUUUAUUUUCAUUGGCCAGUCAGCGACGAAUCAGACCAAGGGGAAGUAUGCCUUUGAGCAAUUGAAAAAUGAAGCUGAGCCUCUCACCCAAUCAGGCGAAGGUAGCGACGAUGUGUUAAUAAGGAGUGAAGGAGACCGACCGACUUGCUAUGCUCAAGAUGCAAGACUCAAUUUAUGGUUUUCUGUGGCCAUAAGUUUUUCUUACGUUGCAUGUUCGGUGAUGGGUCCAAUCCUAAACAAAGUCGGCAUGCGGCUGUUUCGAGUGAUGUUAAUAUGCACAUACAUGGUUGGUAUCCUGUGUCUCGGAUUCGCUCCAAAAGAAAUCCCCUGGUUGAUUGCACCGGGGCUUUGCUGCAUGGGCGUCGCAGGAAUGGGGCUCUAUGCUACUAACAUACACAUAUCGUAUUUGUUUCCUGCCGUCCAGUCGACCAUAACUUCAGUGUUUGUCGGCUUCUAUGAUGUGUCCACCGUAUUCACCUAUUUAUUAAAGGUUUGUUACGAGAGCGGCAUUUCCAGGGGAUACUAUUGUUUAGGGUUGGCGUUGGUGCACUUGAUCUUGGUGGGAAUCAGCACGUGCUUUCUUUUGCCCUCCAACAAAUUAAAGCCACGAAGCACUGACCACGCUAAUGCUAGGAAGGAGAACCCAAGUGCAGCAACGUAUGACAAAGUGCCAGGUCCAGAUGGGAAUUGCAUUUCAGAGAAAGAAAAGUUUCUGAAGGUCAAAACUCAAGACCACACAGCAGACGGACGGAAGGUCCGUGCGCUCCAUUCCCUGUGUUCUAUCGAGUACCUGUUGCACGUGUUCUGGAUGUGUUGCCAUGGUUUACGCUUUGUAACAUUUCUGGGUUUCUUCAGCACGUGGAUGGGUACAAAAUUUGGCGUGAAUUCCAUUAAAGAAAAUUACUACCUUGGUGUGUUUUCCUACGUUACCAUGGGAACAGCAAUAACCGCCGUAACUGCGGGAAUGCUUCAUGACUGUCAAAGACGGCAAUACAUGAACAGACCCAAAUUCCAAAGGAAACGUCUGCCGAUCGUCCUUCCCCUUGCAGUUACAUCUCUCUUGUCGAUAAUCAUCACGUCCCUGAUCUUCGUGCAACAGGAGAUAUUCAUCAACAUUGUCUUCGUGGUGUUCACCAUCUACAGAUCUUUCCUCUUCUCCUUUGAAAUCACCUUCCUAAAUGACGUGUAUCCGUUACAAACAUUCCCCGUGUUAUUCGGAGUUCUGCAUUCCUCGGCCGGGUUGGCUGGUUUACUCCAGUACCCUUUAUUUGAGUGGUACAAGUCGCACCAGCUUGCUCCGGAUCACGUGAAUUACUUUAUGAUCGGACUGGCGGUCGCUUCGUUUAUUCAUCCUCUGUACAUUUGGAUCUCAUGCAGAAGACAUGGCGAAAAGGGCGGCAAAAGUGACGCAAUUGAGGUGUUCGUGUAACGUGUCAGUUCUCGUGCAUUUCAACUUCCAGUGCAUACCAAGCUGCUACAGGUGUGCAGUUAUUGUGACGUCGUCGAGAAGUUGUUACGCUCUUACACGGAAGGAACAUGAAGGAAUCCUUUCUAUGAGGUCGAUCCACUUUUAAGACGACUAUCGAGCUCAACUUACUAGAGAAGAUCUAGCGUGUUAGUGUUUAACUGUUCUGUGAUAUUUCUUAGUACAUGUAUACCACAUCCAGGACGUAAUGUCUAAACUCCAAGCCAAGCCAAUAGUGAAAUGAUUAUCUUAAUUUUAAAGCUGCACUCUCACAGAUAUACCAUUUUUACAACUUUUUCAUUUUUUG